CUCUCUUGCUCUCUCUCUCUCUCUCUGGCGGUCCUCCUGCAUCACCCAUCCAUGAAUUAAGGCUCUUUGGAGGUGGCACCAUGCUGCGUCGGAAGCCAUCCAAUGCCAGCGAGAAAGACCCGGUCCAAAAGAGGAAGCUGUCGCUGCAGCGGUCCAGCAGUUUCAAAGAUUUUGGCAAAUCCAAACCCAGCUCCCCGCUGGCGAACAACAAGGCAUUCAGCCUCGAAGAGGAAGAGGUUCUUGAAGGUAACCCACCACCUAGCCCGGAUGACGUGGGACGCUCAAAGCUGGGCAAGAGAUGGAGAGCCGCCAUUUCCCGGACCAUGAACCGGAAGACGGGCAAGGCAGUCGCUAAAACAUUGGUAGAUCAGGGACACGAUGAAUCCGAGACUCCUGCGUCUCCAGCCCACAGUCCUGUUGAAGAAGACCUUCCCAUCUUUCCAGUCACAACUCAGGAGACUAACAGCCCCAGUGCCUCCAACGAAAGGGAAUUGUUCAGUCCCACCAUGAGCAGCCACUGCAGCAAGGAAGAGAUCAUCUCUACCCCGUACAACGGACCCUUCUGUGGAAAAGCCAAGGUUCACACGGAUUUUAUUCCCAGCCCUUAUGACAAGGACUCUCUGAAACUUCAGAAAGGGGACAUCAUCCACAUCAUUGCAAAACCUCCCGUCGGAACCUGGACCGGCCUGCUGAACGACAAAGUCGGCUCCUUCAAAUUUAUCUACGUCAGCAUCAUCCCUGAAGAGACCGUCUCGGCUAUGAAGACCUGUUCGCGGCACCGGAGCAAAAGGCCCAAGCCCAAAACCUUGCAGGAACUGUUGCAACGGAUGAACCUUGAGGAGCACAUCUCUACACUGUUACUAAAUGGUUACCAGACCGUGGAGGACUUCAAGGAGCUGCAAGAGAAUCACUUGAAUGAAUUGAACAUCACUGACCCACAGCAUCGCACCAAGCUGCUUACAGCCGCUGAUCUACUGCUGGAUUAUGACACGAGCAGCGAGGCCGAAGAGGAAGGAGGCAUCUUGGAAGGUCAGCUCUUUCCCGGAGAGCUCAAAGAAGACAUUCCCCGCGAUUCCGGCUGUUUUGAAGGGGCGGAGACUUUGGACAGUGGGCGGGAAGAAGACGUGAAGCUCGAGGAGGGGCUGCCAUCCCAUUCUCUGACCAGUUCAGGCUGAAGUGAAGGCCCCACUAUCUGCAUCCUGAGCCCCGGUUGGUUGGUUAGUUAGUUGGUUGGCUGGCAAGCAAGAGCUUCCUUCCCCUGCCAAGAUAACUCUUUAGGCCAAGUAAGAAUACAGCUCCAACUCCUGGCUGAUGAUGAAGGAGAAGGCUCGGAUCCAGAAUCUGCACUGAUUACUGCAUCAAAGACACCGUUGCCAGACUGUUGCAUGCCAGAGGCUCCCCUUUCAGAGUUUGGCCUGCGGCGAGGAGGCCCUAUGUUGAGAUCUCCAAGGUCCCUUCCAACUGUUACUAUUACUUCCCAAGAAGCAACCGAACUCCACUCUGCCUCCGUGUGCCCAAGUCUCCUCUUUGGUGCAAAGAGUGUUUGCUUGCCACACCACCACCACCCCGACAGCUCUGCGCAAUCCAAAUACCGCCAGAAAGAUGGACAAAGAACUUCUGAAUGGGGCUGGGGCUUCUUCCAUCCUUCCGUCGCUGAGGAGGAGUCCCCACUCUUGUAGCUGUAGUUGGGAAGGACAGGGGUGGGGGUGGGGGGACUCUGCUCUGUUUCUUUUCCAAUAGAUCUACUUUAUUUGUAAACAGCUAGGGGUGUUUUGCAGCUUUAGGACAAGAUUCUAAUGAAGGACCGGUAGGUGCAAUUUCUAAACUGGCUUACUGUAUGAAAUGGCAAGCACUAUUCUCUGGGUACUGAUCUUUCCAAUAAAGCAUAUUUUUCUCUGGAGUGUA